AUGUUCAUAGGUACAUUCACGUCUCGAGUGGACAAGAGCAGUGUCGUCGCCCUGAACCACGAAGUUAUGGCAGGGCCGUUAGUCAAGUGCAGAGAUAGCAGACGAACCGUCAAUUCACAUCGUAUCAAUUCAGAUCGGGCUGCCAUGAUAGCAUCCGAAAGUAAUUCAACAACAGUCUCGCAUCAGAAGAGCGCCACGAAUGCGUCUGCAUCAGACGCACCCUCCGCCAGUCCCACACCUCUCACACCCGAAGAGGCAGCCGUACGCAAAGCCCGUAUGAAUGCUGAUUUGAUCGACGCGCUCAAGAGCCCUUGCCCGCCCGGUGCAACUCCCUACGUAACAGGUAUUGGUUUAUAUACUCACGUCGAGGGCCCGCCCAGAGCCCUUUUGUAUCCCGACGAGAACCCGCAGCUGCAGCAAGAAUUUCUUCCUGUACGAAUACCAAAGAGUAGCGGAAGCCGAUGCUCACAACCGGAAGAAUUAGUUGAGAAAUUAUGGGAGCAACUUAAGAAAGCCAUCGAGGAAGAGGAAGAGAUCAUCGGAAAGACUGAACUUGGGCUUAAUGAGCUCAGGAAGCGGUACGGUGGGCUCGACCCUCCAAAGAACUCGCGGCCACCAGUACGAUUCGUUCAGUACCAGCAUAAUGGAACACAGAGAGAUAUAACGGCUCAAGGCGGUACAAAAAUUGAUGUAGGAAACAUGAAUCCACCCGCAAAUGACCGUAUCCAGUCGCUAGCAGGAAGAGCGGCCAGUCUCGUGGUGGAAAAUGAGGAUGUGGACACGGGAGUAGGCGCCUCUUUCGGCUCCCACAACGAAGAGCACAACGCACGAUGUCUACCAAACACACGCACCGAGCUGCUAGACGAGAUCACAACAUGGGCGAACAGCAAGGAUGGCAAGUCCAUAUUCUGGCUAAGUGGCAUUGCGGGCACAGGAAAGUCAACGAUAGCACGGACGGUCGCUCAGUCGUUCGCUAGCCGUGAUCAGCUCGGAGCAAGCUUCUUCUUCAAGAAAGGCGAGGGCGAGCGCGGCAAUGCCUCACGGUUCUUUACCACCAUCGCUACUGGUCUAGUCGCCUGCGAGCCCGGUAUGCUAACUGGUAUCAGGAAGACGCUUAAUGAAGAUUCGACUAUCGCUCACAAAGCUCUAAAAGAUCAGUUCGAGAAGCUGAUACUGCAGCCACUCCUAGGAAUAAAGCAGGCUCGCUCGCGGGCCUUGGCGCGUGUUAUCGUGAUCGACGCGCUGGACGAAUGUGAGCGAGAAGCCGACAUUCGAACGAUCCUCCAGCUGCUCGCUCAGACGAAAGACGUUCGCCUAGUGCCGCUGCGGAUCGUGGUGACUAGCCGGCCAGAGCUCCAUAUCCGCCUAGGCUUCAGGGAGAUGCCAAAUGGCACAUACCAGGACCUAGUCCUCCACGAAGUACCAAGGCACACGAUUAAACACGACAUCCGUCUGUUCCUAGAGCAUGAGCUCGGUGUAAUACGAAAAGAACGCAAGUUGGCCUCAGACUGGCCAGCGCAACAGCAGAUCCUCGCGCUGGUUAAACUAGCUGUGCCGCUGUUCAUCUACGCUGCUACCGUGUGUCGUAUCAAAAGGCGACCUUUUCGCAGCUAG